ACACUCAUUAGCACAAAAUAGAGAAAACAAAUAAAACAUGAUAAAAUAAGAAAAUAUUAUACUACUCGUAUUUAAUAAAGAGAGAGAGAAAAAAAUAAUACAGUACAUAUAAAAAUACAGUACACGCAUGGCUUGUCGGCGGCAACUAGUUUAGCGUCUAUCACCAAACCGAAAAUAUUCAUCCCAUAAUCAACAGCGGUCAUGUCGAUUCGAUCAGAACCAGCAGGUGACGAAGAAGCAGAAGAAGUACAAGAAGCUGUAGACAACCAGGCACCAGCAUAUCACCCUACUGCUCCUUCUCACGAGUUAUUUGAUGUCUCAACAACAGUCGAUCCUAGUUAUAUCAUAUCCUUAAUAAGAAAACUUUUACCACCUGACUUGAGUAAUAAUAGUAACAACGCUUAUGGAGUUGAUGCUAGUGAUGCAUCUGCUGAAGGAUCAAAAUCCAAUGGAAUGGAAGAAAGUGUAGUCUCUUUAUCUGUAAAUAGAGUUCUGAAUGGCACAAACAGUGAAACUGAGGCCAUGGACAAGGUUGAUGAUUUUGGUGAACUUGCUGAUCAUGAAGGACGAAAUGAUGGAUCCUGUUACAAAGAGGGUGAAUCAGUGGGGGAACAGGCUUGGGAAGAAUAUGGAUGCAUUUUAUGGGAUCUUGCAGCAACUAGAACGCAUGCUGAAUUCAUGGUGCAAAACCUUAUACUUGAAGUGCUUUUGGCAACUCUUAGGGUUUCCCAAUCUGUUCGUGUUACGGAGAUUAGCCUUGGAAUCAUUGGGAACCUUGCAUGCCAUGAUGCUUCCAGGAAGCAGAUAGUCUCAAAAAGUGGAUUGAUUGAAAUAAUUGUGGAUCAGUUGUUUUUAGAUGACACCCCAUGCCUCUGUGAAGUAUGCCGGUUGUUCACUUUGGGCCUUCAAGGUAGUGAAUGUGUUACUUGGGCUUACGACCUCCAAAUCUGGUUCAUCAAGAGAAAGAUUUUCAAUCUCAAGUAUUUAACUACCUUCCAAGGAAUCAAGGGUGGUAAAGUUACGUUAGUGAAAAGCGUCUUGUCAAGCCUUCCAAUGUAUUUCCUUUCGCUCUUUCGGGUUCCAGCCUUCGUUGUUGGCCGUCUGGAGAUGUUACAACGAAACUUCCUUUGGGGGGAUCGUGGAGAGGAGUUUAAGUAUCAUCUGGUCAGAUGGGAGCAGGUUUGCAGGCCUUUUCAGUUGGGCGGCCUUGGGAUUAGGAGAUUGGCCCCCUUUAACAGUGCUCUCCUCGGUAAGUGGCUUUGGAGAUUUGGCAGUGAAAGGCAUAGAUUAUGGAGAAGGGUUAUUUCCUGUCGCUUUGGGGAGGAGAGAGGGGGGUGGUCAGCUAGGCCAGUCAGGUCUGCUAGUGGAGUAGGGGUGUGGAGGGCCAUUGGAAAAGGAUGGGACGAGUUUUCCAAACAUGUUAGAUUCAAAGUUCGGGAUGGAAGGUUUGUCCGGUUUUGGGAGGAUCCUUGGUGCGCGGAUAGGCCUCUGGCUCUUUUGUUUCCAAGGCUGUUCAGGAUUGCUGUUGACAAACAUGAUAUGGUUGCUAACUGCUAUCGCCUUGAUAGCGGGAGGUUAUCUUGGCAUGUGCGAUUCCGGCGAUCUUUUCAGGAUUGGGAGUUGGAUGAUCACUGGCUUGUUGGCUCUCUUGUACAGACAGGAGGUGGAGGGCACUGUUUGAGAAGAAAGUUGGUGAGAGCUUUCUUUGUUACUGUUACUGCUUUAUGGAGUAUUUGGUGUGAAAGGAAUAGAAAAAUUCAUGAAGAUUCAAGAAGGAAUGCUGAGGACAUUGCUUCUUCUUUUGUAAAGCUUGCCUGUACAGGUGAUUUCGCCUUAAUAUCGGUUGUGGCUUUAGUGGUUUAUAUCUCUUUCAUGUUAAUAAUUGAUAUCUUUAUAUUGAGUGUUGGCUUGCUGUUAGCCAUCUUGGAAAGUGAGCAGAAAGUGAUUGAUGCUCUUCUACCAACAUUGAUGAAGUUGGGUCUUCCAAAUCUUCUGUUCAAUCUCUUGGCCUUUGAGAUGAGCAAAUUAAAAGAAGAAAGAAUAACUGAAAGGUACUCUGUUCUUGAUUUGAUUCUCCGGACAAUUGAAGCACUUUCUGUCAUUAAUGAUUAUUCUCAAGAAAUCUCUUCAAAUAAGGAACUUUUUCACCUAUUAAAAGACUUGGUCAAACUACCUGAUAAAAUUGAGAUUGCCAAUUCUUGUGUUACUGCUGCAGUUUUAAUAGCAAAUAUUCUGACUGAUGCACCUGAGCUAGCUUUAAUGAUAUCAAAGGAUUCCUCUUUCUUACAGGGUCUGCUUGAUAUAUUCCCUUUUGCUUUGGAUGAUUUAGAAGCACGAAGUGCACUUUGGAGUAUAAUUACAAGACUAUUGGUUCGAGUACAAGAAUGUGAGUUGAGCGCAUCCAGUCUGCAUCAGUAUGUAUCAGUAUUAGUAAGAAAAUCAGAUCUGAUUGAAGAAGACCUUCUUGAUUACCAGUUAGAUGGCUCAAAGGAAAAACAUGAGAGUUUGAUCAUUUCUGGUGCAAGAGUAGAUGCUAGAACUACAGCUCAGUUGAGAGCGAUUAUUAGUAUUUUAACAACAUGGACUACCUCAAAGGAUUCUGUAAAGGAGACUAAUAUCAUUGGAGGAAAUGAUGUAAAUGAUGGAAAUGUUGACGCAUUGUUGGAGUGCUGUCGUAAAUAUACCGAUUUUGCUGCAGGAACAUGCUCCAUGGAUUAGUCAUAUUCUAAAGUUCUCCAUGCUACUGAUUGUCAUUGUCUACUGCUUUCUAGAUUUGUGAAGACCAUAUAAACCUAUAGCUCCUGAAUUCUCUCCCCAUAAUACAAAGAAGGAAGUUUCAGUGCGACAAUCAAGAGCAAUCAACCCUGGUCCCUACUGGGAGCACUAUUUUUUAGGGCUACGACAUGUGGAACGCCUGGCUCUUUUGCACCUCCAAUUUCAAGUUCAGUCAUAGACAACUGAGUCGAGUAUUGCAGUAUCCAAUUGGCCUGAGCCUGAAAACAAUCAUUCUUCAAUCAGGCAGAUGUUUCCCGAUGUGGAUUUUCUUAUGGAAAGAAUGGAUUGGGUUAAGAUGAGGGAACGGAUGGGUGUGAAUUAAGGCUUAUGUUGACAAGGGACCAUUUCCUGGUAAAACUAUGGAAAACCAGCAGAGGUUACUAAAUUUGGUGUAGAAGUAUAAAUGAUCACCUUGAAAGAUACUUACAUGGAUCACUUGCAGUGAUAAUGUAUAAUUUACAAUACUCUCUUUAAUGAUGUGCUGAAGUUACAUGUAAUAUGAUUUUUUUUUCAUUUGUUAUAUUGGCAAUUUACUCUCAUUAUUACCUUA